AUGGGCGGAGAAAGCAGUUCUCACACCAGGGUGGGCUUCGAGAGUGUGCAUCCCCAGUUCUGGAGACCGGUUGUUGACAGCGCAAUAACGCCGGCUGUGGGGCGGCGGUUUACGUCUUUGGCCGAGGGCAUCCAAUUCUAUACAGACUACGCUCGGGCGUGUGGGUUUGACGUUCGGCUUAACACCCUCAAACGGGACCGCGAUGGCGAAAUCGUGAUGCGAUACUUGGUUUGUAGUCGACAGGGAGUUAAGGGUGGUGGUACCCGCAAGCCGAUACCGGAACACGGCAGUACCGGCGGGAAGCCUAAGCAGCGUAGGCGACGGGUAUCUAACCGGGUCCAGUGCCGUGCAAAAAUUUGCUUUAAUAAGGAAGGCCCCGAGGAGUUUGAGAUCGGUAUCUUUGUAGAGGAGCACACCCACCGUAUGUGCUCUGAGACGUCAAAGUAUUUUAUGCGAAUGAACCAGAAGCUGGAUGCGGCUCAGCAGUCGUUCGUGGCAAGUUGUGUUAAAGCGAACAUUGGAUCUUCCAAAAGUUUAAAUUUAUGUAGGGAGGUGACUGGGUCGUAUGCAAAUGUGGGUGCUACAGAAACCGAAUUUCACAACUUUAAACGGGACUUACAGACAUAUGUGGCAGCGUACGACGGUGAGAUGAUUAUAGAGAAGUUUAGAUCGAAGCGCGAGGCAUGCGAGAAAUUUUAUUCCGAUCACUACCUUGACGGUGAAAACCGCCUAACGCGACUUUUUUGGGCUGACUCAAUUGGUCGCAGCAAUUUUCCCCUGUUCGGUGACGUGAUCUCAUUCGAUGCAACGUAUGGCACAAACAGGUACAGUUUGGUGUUCGUACCUUUCACUGGGGUUGAUAAUCAUAAACGGUGCAUUACGUUUGCUGCUGGUUUGCUGAUUAAGGAAGAUGUUGAAUCGUAUGCGUGGCUGUUGGAUAGAUUUAAGGUUGCAAUGGGCAAGAGCCCGACAUGCGUUGUCACUGACCAAGACCCUGCUAUGAAGGUUGCGGUUGCACAAGUUUGGUCGGAGUCUCGCCACCGUUUCUGUAUGUGGCACAUCAUGACAAAGGUCAACGAAAAGAUCGGUCCUGAUUUGGUAAAGGACUAG